AUGUUUAACAGAAAGAGAAAGGGGGAUUUUGAUGAUGAUGAAUAUUACAGAGACUUUAAACCACGUCGUCCAAAGAGACAAAGAGUUCCACCAGUGGUUCAGCUUUGUAAGGAAAUGAUGCCAGAUAUCCGUACCAUAGGUGAGUCAAAGAAAGCUUUCGAGGAUGAUAUCAAGUUUUUAAGUGACGCUAUUAUUAAUGAAUAUGGCCAAGAAGAAUAUUUCAACAAUGCUUUACUUCAGACUUUCACUGCUGUUACAUUCGAACAACCACAGAAACUACCUGCCAUUGCUCUCUUAACGAUGACAGUCAAUGCUGGCAAUGAGGUUGCUGGGAAAAGUAUCUUAAACCAUUUCUUUGAUUUAUUACAAAACAUUUGCAGCGAAUUUAUUGAUAAUACGACAGACUCCGAACGUGUUUCUAAUGAUACUGGGUCAUGGAAUAGGAUCAAGUUACUGUUAAGAUUUUUUUCAUUAGUAUCACCAAUGUUGAUCAAUGAUGAUGUAAUUUCACUCUAUAAACAAUUCUUUGAGUUAGCAGUGAACUUAAACAACUUGAAUCCAGAAAAAAGAAAUGCUCUAUCUGAAGCCAUUUACACUAAUACUCUAUUAAACAUCCCAUACUUAUUUUAUUUUAAAAAAUCUAAAUCUGAAGAUACAGAAGCAUUAAUGAAUAGUGUUGAAGAAUUAAUUAAAUAUGUCGAAGAAAAUUACGUUAUAAAAGCUGCUGACUUUGAUAUAUUGAAAGACUACACCAAGAACAGUCCAUAUCAAAUCAUUGAAUUAGUUCAAUUGGCACUACCAAACUUGAAGAAAGCCUUAUUAAACAACAUGCAAGAAGUUUCUCAAUUAUUUUACGAUUGGAAUAAUCUAUUACCUGUUCAAGCAGGAAAUCAAGGCUUCAAUAGUGCUCUACAAUUACCAACUGCUGAACAGUUAGAACCAUUUAGUAAAUUAGAUAAAACAUCUGUUGGUUCGGUAGAUGGCCUAUGGAGGGUACCAAGAUAUGUUUUUCAUGCUUACUUACCUGACACCAUCGGCACCGACUUCGAAACUGUCAUCCCAAUUGAUACAUAUGCUGGUCAAUUAUUUAACGACAUUGUCAUUGACAUUGUGGAAAGUUUAGAAUUCAAUAGAAGCGAGGUUGCUAAACAAGUUAUUUCAUUAAACUUAUUUUUCAAGGACGAUAUCUUUGCCCCUGCAGGUGAAUCUAUCGCCCAAAUUGCUGCAAUCUAUGAAGAGAAUCCAAUGGCUUCCACUUUUAAACUUGAAGAUCUCACCGUUGAAACAAUCUUAAGUCUAAUCUUUAAAUUACCGAAUGUUUCUCAACCAUUUGCUUACUUCUAUACUUUGCUCGUUGAUAUCUGUCAAAAUGACCCCAAAGCAAUUGCACCAGUAUUUGGUAGGGCAUUUAGAUUUUUUUAUAACAACAUAGAAAAUCUAGACUUUGAGUUGAAACUAAGAUUUUUGGACUGGUUCUCAAUCCAAAUGAGUAAUUUCAACUUUUCAUGGAAGUGGAAUGAAUGGGAACAAGACUCCAUCAAAUACAGAAAGUCGUUUUAUAAUCCGAAGAUUGUUUUUAUAAAAAACUUAAUUCGUAAGGAACUGAGAUUGACUUCGAAUGUCGCUGAAGUGGAUGACAGUCUUCCAAAUGAGUUUAAGCAAUACCUUGACAGUUCAUAUAUUCCAGUGAAUCAACUAACAGCGUUUUAUCAAAAUCUUUUCACAAGCGAAUUUACUGUUGAUGUUAACGAUGUUACCAAGAACGAUUUAUUUUUCAAACAGGAUAGCCUGCCAAUAGAAUCUAUUGUUCGUGAUAUAUUAGAUUUUAUGCAUAAACCGAAUAACACUAGAGACAUAAAUGAAUUGAAAACACUACUAGAGUCUUUGACUAAUGAAUAUGGCUCAAUUAUGGCGGACCGUAGCCGUUUUAUCAUAGUGUUAUUAAUACAAUGUCUAUGCCAUUCAGGAAGUAGAUCUUUAUCUCAUGCGAAUAAAUAUAUUAGUGAUUUGGGUAGUGACUUGAAGGAAGUCUUUGAUACUUUAGAGAUUGAGGAAGAUAUCAAGGAAUAUACUAUAAUCGAGGCGGUACUAAGCUAUUGGGUUAAGAAUUCUCAAACUGGUUACCUUAUCGUCGAUACCAUGAAAUUCGCUGAUUUGGUGAAACCAAAAUCAAUCAUAACUUUCUGUUUCACAGAAUUCAACGGUUCUGAAAAUUAUGGUUUGGUCGAUGUUACCGCAAUCGACUCUGUGUUCAGAACCCUAUCCCAGGAACUCGUGAGUUCACCAGACUCCGUUGAACUGUUCGAAUUUGUUUUUGAGAAAUUAUGUAAAGUCAUGACAUCUUCAAUUGAACAAGUUGGUCUUAGCAAUAAUGAAGAGGUUACUCUCCCUGUUAUUAAUUCUGCUGAUGACAUGGACGUUGAGGAUGAUUUAAUGAAACAAGAUUUACUUUGGAAGUACGACACUGCAAUGUGUUUUGCCAAGAGUCUGUUGAGAAAAUUUUCAACUCAAUACAAACUACUAGGUCCUAAAUUCAUCGGAGGUUUCAAAGACAAUGUAAUUCCACAUGAACCUACUCAGAGAAAGCUAUUAACUUGGAUUAAUGAGGUUAAUGAAAUUUGA